AUGGCCGUAGUCGUGGCCGCCGUAGUUGUGGCGGAAGCUCAGCAGGUCGCCCGGAACGAGUUCUCCCUCUCGGGAGAGCUGGUCUUCGAAACGGACGAUCUCCACGGCUUCGAGGGCACCCUGGUCCGCAUCCAUCAAGCAGCAUGGAAGGCAAUCAGCCCCGUUAUCCGCUCCGUGACAGUGAAAGUGGCCAACGCCUCGUCCCCCGCCACGGCUGGCCCACCACGCCCUUCGGAGUCGCUCAGUAGCGGCUCGCGCCGCCUGUCGUCUCAGAAGCGCAUGUCCGUAGGCGGCUCGGCCCCCAUCCCUCGCUCUGGAGCGCCUUCUACACUCGCACCCGCCCCGCGGAUCGUAGAACGCCAGUCAGUCAGCGCACGCAAGACGCCAGUCCCGACAUCUUUGCCCAAGGUGUCCCCACAUAAGGACGCCAGCCCAAGAGGCAGCCCGCCCUCGCGCCACUCCGCGGUGCCGACACCUCCCCCAGCGAAGACAGACGAGCUCCAAGAUGAUGAGGAGGACGAAGUGCGCAUCGUGUCCCCCAGGAAGAAGAGCGCGCGUCCGCGCGUCAUGUCGGACUACGGUGUUGACCAGACGGAGACCGACGAGCUGCUGGACGACACGCGCAACUGGAAGGCGAGCGGGAGCGACGAGGAGUUCGACCAGCUGGAGGAUGCGGACUUUGCAAGCGCAGGCCCGUCUAUGCGCUCGCAGACGCGUCCGUCGAAGGCACCGCGGACGAGCGGUGGGUCUAUCGUCGAGCUGGACGGGCCGCCUGCGGGGUGGACGGACAAGGCUGAGGGGUCGUCGCGGGCGAGGCAGCUGGAUGCGCCUCGACCCGAGCCGCCGAGGGUCAAGACGGAGAAGAAAGAGAUCAAGCUCGAGCCGGCGCUGUCGCGCUCUGAGGAAACACGUCCCACGCAGCCCCAGCCCAAGUCUGAUGAGAGCUUCCUGAUCAUGAUCGAGUACGCGGACGAUGCGGAGUCCCGCACGCUCUUCAAGACGCGGGCCCGGCACGCGGUGUCGAAGGUACUGAUGCAGGCGUGCCGCACGUUCGGGCUCGAGGAGUACUAUCGUUCGGCGCGGCUGGUGCUCGUCGUUGAAGAGGAGAACGGGGAGGGGGAGAUAGUGUACAGGAGGCAGUACGCUUGCGCAAAGGACGAGACGAUGGGCGAGGCGGGCGCGGAGCCCAACGCCAGGUUCCUGGUGGAAAUUGUGGACGAUGAGGCAGAGGAUGAGUAG